AUGGAGAACUUCAUUCUGUAUGAGGAGAUUGGAAGAGGACAAAAGACAGUUGUUUAUAAAGGCAGAAGAAAAGGGACAAUUAACUUUGUUGCUGUUAUUUGCAUUGAUAAAUGCAGAAGAGCUGAAGUAGCAAACUGGGUUCGUCUGAGUCAUGAAAUCAGACACAAGAAUAUCGUGGCAUUUCAUGAAUGGCAUGAAACAAGCAACCAUCUCUGGCUUAUAAUGGAAUUAUGCACAGGUGGUUCUCUAGAAUCUGUUAUUGCUCAGGAUGAACACCUGCCUGAAGAUGUAGUGAGAGAAUUUGGUGUUGAUUUGGUUACUGGUUUGUACCAUAUUCAUAAGCUUGGAAUUAUCUUCUGUGAGCUGACGCCUGGAAAGAUUCUGCUGGAAGGGUCUGGCACAUUGAAAUUGAGUAAUUUUUGCUUGGCUAAACUGGAUGGUGAAAACUUGGAAGAAGUAUUUGCUUUGUUGGGAUCUGAAGAAGGUGAAGGAGAUGUCAGUGAAAGCAUUCCACAAAGAUACUCAGGAAUCAGAUUUAGAGAUCGUCCAUCAUACACAGCUCCAGAAGUAAUAAAGGGAGAAGACUUCUCCAAAGCCAGUGAUCUGUGGUCCUUGGGAUGUUUACUUUAUGAAAUGUUCUCAGGAACACCACCAUUCUUCUCAGCCAGCUUUUGUGAAGUAUUGGAAAAGAUUUUAUAUGAAGAUCCAUUGCCACCUAUAGCAGAGAGUCCUGCUUUUCACAAAUCUUCAGCUGAGUUCAUUAGUUUGCUUGAUGGGUUGCUUCAAAAGGAUCCUCAGAAAAGGCUGAAGUGGACAGAGCUAUUGCAGCAUUCCUUCUGGAAAGGAUCCCUUAGCCGUUGUGGGGGUGAUUCUGCAGACACCCAGCUCACAAGCUCCAGCAAUAAGAGCACAGAGGCAUCAGUGUCUUGGAAUGCUAAAGAGCAGGUGGAUACCCAGAAAAAUCUAGAUGACCUGCCACCCUCAAGAUCAGAUAAUAAGCUACCAAGCAAUACUUUCAAAAUAGAAACUCAGACUGAGCUGCGCCCCAAAAGUGCAAUUGAUGGUGUAUCAAAUGAAUCCAUCUUUCUUCUCAGCUCUCGUCCUACACCUAGAACAAGCACUGCAGUAGAAGUAAAUGAUGCUACUACUGCCCCUGGACAAAAUUCUCCUCCAAGAUCUUCAUGCUUGAAAAAGGCUAAAAAUAUGUGCUCAAGUCAGCAGGAUAUGAAGUCAAGACUGAAAGAGCUCAUUUACACUGAAUCUGAUCUGAUGAUAACACCAAUCAUUGACAAUCCAAAGAUCAUGAAGCAAGUGCCAGUUAAAUUUGACUUGAAAACUUUGCAUGUACCAACAUGCUCAGCUGAGACAUUAUCCUCAAUGAAAGACACAGACUGGAAUGAUUUCUUGCAGCGAGUCUGUUCACUGCUUGAUUCCCCAGAGAAGAACACAGGAGCAGCACGUUCUAAACUGAAUUUACUGCACUAUCUUUGUACUGUGGCGGUCCACAAGGGAAUUGCGAGCCGGCUAAUUAGCUCUCAGCUGUUUCCUGUGUUGAUACAGCAGCUGCGUGUGGCCACCAGUUGGGAUAUCCGUGCCAGAGUCGCUCGAGUGAUUGGUUUGCUGGCAUUUCACACACCUGAACUUGGAGAAAAUGUGCCUGUUUCUGAGGCAAUUGUACUUUUAACUGAAAUCAUCAGAGAGAACUUCAGAAACAGCAAAUUGAAGCAAUGCCUUCUGCCAGCUCUUGGGGAGCUUCUUUACCUCAUAGCCAGGGAGGAAGAAAAAAGGGGGCACCCCAGAGAGUGCUGGGUGGCUCCCUCAACUGCUUACACUGUGAUAAUGAGGAGUCUUCGGGAAGGGGAAGACCGGGUGGUGAACCAUUUGGCAGCAAAGAUUGUUGAAAAUGUUUGCACAACCCUCUCCUGCCAUGCACAGGGAUUUAUUACAGGAGAAAUUGGACCUGUCUUGUGGUACCUCUUCACACAUUCUACAGUGGAUUCCUUGAAGAUAACUGCUGUUUCGGCUUUAUGCAGAAUUACUCGUUACUCACCUAAUGCUUUCCAGAGUGUCAUUGAAAAAGUGGGAUUAACAGCCAUCCUCAACUCCUUAGUGAAUGGAAUAUGCAAAAUCCAGCAGCACAUGCUCACCAUGUUUUCAGCAAUGUUGUCAUGUGGGGUUCACCUACAGAGGCUCGUCCAAGAAAAGGAUUUUGUGACUACAAUAACUCGUUUACUUGAGAGUCCUUCAACUGUUAUUCGAGCAAAAGCCUUUCUGUUUCUGCUGCAAGUUCUGAUUCAUAAUAGAGAGAUGUUGCUACUCAGUUGUCAAGCAAGGCUUGUGAUGUAUAUAGAAAGAGACAGCAGAAAAACCACGUCAGGAAGAGAGCAGCAAGGCAGCAGUGAAUACCUGUCAAAAUGCCUGGAUCUCCUCAUCUAUCACAUUAUACAGGAGCUGCCAGGGGUUCUAGGUGACGUUCUCACUGCUUUAAGCAACGUCUCUGGACGUAAGCACCCAUCCACAGUCCAAGCCAAACAGCUGAAGAUGUGCCUUCCUAUGAUGCCUGUAGUGCUUCAUCUUGUGACAUCCCAGGUAUUUUGUCACCAGGUAGUCACAGAGGAUUUCCUCUCCAACUAUGGGACCUUACUUGAUUUUAUCAGAUCCAUAGAUUCAGGAGAAAUAAACUUGGAUGGAGCCAUAGGGCAAGCUGCCUCAGAAGAAUUCAUUAAGACUGCUUUAUCAACCUUUGAAGCAGUAGCAGAGCAUCCCAUCUUGUUGACAUCCCAUCGCUUGACUGUUGAAACCUCCAUCCUCCCACCACUAGUUUCUUUGGUCCACAGUCAGAAUGUGGAAUGGAGGCUCUUCAGCUUGCGGUUGCUCUCAGAAACCACAUCACUGCUUUUAAGCCACGAGGUCAUGGCUGAGGAGAAAGGGGAGAGCCUUGAGUUGAACAACAACCUUCUGUGUCUCAUUAGAGAUUCAUUGCUGCCUCAGUACGAGCACCUUCUGAUGGCUCCGGACCCAGUACCACUGUAUGCUCUGAAACUGCUGGUGGCCCUCACUAAACACUGCCCUGCUUCUGUGAGCCUUAUGGAAGAAAUCCAUCUUUUUCCAGUUCUGUUCCAAAUCAUCUUGGAGCACCAAGGCAGUGUACUUGGGAACACAACACAAACUGUAAUCGCCUUACUGAACAACGUGGCUGCUAACAAAAGCACAAACAUGAUGCUGCUCUUUGAGGAAGGACUGACCCAUCACAUCUGUAGUCUCCUGAUGGAAACCGUGGCUCUGUAUUUGGAGGCAAAUGACAAAAGCAGCAUCAAGACAGCAAAUGCACUGCUGCUGUCCUUGCUUGACAUUUUGCACCACGUGCUGACCUACACAGCAGACAUCGUGCGCCAGACCCUGCAGGCACAGAAGUUUGGCACAGGAGGGGACACUCAGGCUGCUGAAGACCUUCUGCUUAUCAAUAAACCCCUGACAGACCUAAUUAGCCUGCUUAUUCAACUGCUUCCCAGUGAAGAUACUGAAGUAUUUGUGAGUGCUUCACAGUGCCUAUCAUUGCUGGUUCAGCUGUAUGGAGGGGAAAGCCAGGAGAGCAUGUCUUCAGAAAGCAUGGCUAGCUUUGCUGAAGUGCUGAAGGCCAGGAAAGAGACACGCCAACUGAAGCUUUUAUUGAGGAUUGUGAAGAGACUGGUAACUUCAAACGAGAAGUGCUGGGAGAGCCUGAAGAAUGAUGGGGAUGCUCUCAUCCAAACGCUCCAGAGCCUGGCCCGGACUGCCAGCUCUCAGGCGGAUGUUGCUGUGGCUUCCUUAGCAUUUGAAAUUCUGAGGCUGGUGAGAUGUGACAAUGUCCAGCCUGCCAAGUGA